AUAAAUACUAAUGAUAUCGUUCUUUUACUCAAGAUCUUGUGAGAAGACAAUAGUAAAUGAUGUCUCUUCUAUGAUCUUGACAAGAUCCUUAGUGCAGAUUUAUCCGAUAUAACCAAGAUAUUCACAUACAUAUGAUCUUUUCCAAAUGUUUUCAAGAUCUUGCUUAUCGCUCCCAAGAUUUCAAGAUCUUGCUUACAAGAUGUUUCACUAGGGUAGCGUUAUGAAUAGAAUAAGAAUUGUGAAAAAAAAAAUUGUUGAUGAGAGUGAUAUGAGUAAGCUAAAAUUUGACAACAAAACAGCCAUUUUGAAUAUUAUGAAACAAUAUCAUUAUUGGGAUGUGACCCUUUAAGUGAAAUAAAUGCGAAUUUUUUUGUUUUGUUUUGAUUUAGUGGGAGAACGAAAAUAAUCUGGAUUGUUCAGAUUUACUCGAACAAUUUAAAAAAUCAUUGAAAAAAUACAAAAAUAAAAGAAACAUUCAUCUUCGAAUAAAAAAUCUUUGGUUGAAAUGUCUUCAAUAAAAGUAAAUCAUUCCUACUAUUGUAUUUCAAUGUACAGACUAUUUCAUUUAAUCAUUGUCACUUAUAUUAAUUAUCAAAUUUAACUUUACACUUUUUUCCUUCGGUGAUCGAAUUGACUUAGACUUAUUUGAGAGGUUUAUUAUAUUGAAUAUGGUUAUAGCAGUUCACACUUAGAAAAAACCGAACAUCACUCAUAAAGGGUGGUCCAAAAGUUUCGACCCCUCCUUAGUAAAUCAAGAAUAUCUAUAUCAAACUCAUAUGAAGGUAUUGAUCAAAUUAUGUCAUUUUGUAGAGAAAGAGAAGAGCUAUCAUCUGAAAAAAAGACAGUUUGAAGUACAUAUAUUUAUUAUAAAGUUAUGGUCCUUUUAGUAAUUUCGAGUACAAAAUUUUUACUUUGCAUUUUUUUGCAAAACACAAAAAUAUUCUUGCAAUAUUUGAAUAAUCAAAGUCGAUUGAAAUAUGGAUCUUUACAUAUCUUUAAUAGAUAUUUUUAUAUGAUUAGAUAGAGUUCGACAAGCUCUACCAAAAUAUGGACAUUCAAAAAAAAAACUUUGAUCCUCUUUUGAAUACAAAACCUGAAAGCAAUCCGACAGACUAAUAAAAAUCUGGCAAAUCAUAUAUUGCAGAGUAUAUGUAACUUUCAAUAAGUUUGGUAGAUCGACUGUUCUGUCUAUUAUUUUAUGUUUUGAGAUGCUUUGUCACGUACUAUAGAUGAAAAUACCCUUUCCAAGCUUCAGGAACAGACUAACUAAUCGAUUGACUAAAGUUAUUAGAAAUUAAGCUCGCUUUCUUUAACACAUGAUAUAUAAGAUUUUUACUAGUCUUUCUACUUGUCUCCAAGUUUUAUAUCAGAAACAGGAUCAAUCAAAUUGUUGAUAUUCAUAUUCUUGUAGAGCCUGACGAACUCUAUUCAACCAUAUAAAAAAAUCCAGAAAACUAUUCCAGCUCAGGUGUUACAGGAGUAUUUUUGUUUUUGCAAAAAACGCAACGUAAAAAUUUUCAUUCGACAUUAAUAAAAUGACUAUAACUUUAUAAGAAAUAUAUGUAUUUCAAACUAUUUUUUUCAGAUGAUAGCUCUUCUCUUUCUCUACAAAAUGGCAUAAUUUGAUCAAUAUCUUCAUAUGAGUUUAAUAUAGAUAUUCUUGAUUUACAAAGGAAGGGUCGAAACUUUGUGACCACCCUUUAUUUAUUACUUGUAUACUUACUCUAAGUUCCAUGUUAUACUCGCUUUGUCAUCUUUCACGGCUGCGAGGAACAUAUGCAUUAAAUAAUAGAAAAUACAAAUAAAUCUGUGAUAAACUAACAUGCUAAACAAUUAUUCGAUUUUGUUUGAACAACAGAACGUCAUACCCAUGUGGAUUGAGCAAAUAUAAAAAACACUUCAUCACAAAUUUGGACUUAAUAGGAUAGUUUGAUGCAAAUUUUCUUACCAAAAUGGUCUUCGACAUUAGUAAAAAGUUUCUGAUUUUCGAAAAAAACCACCUUUUCAAUCAUUUUUUCGGAAAAAAAUAGGGAAAAAUUCAAAAAAAAAUCUAGACCGGGCUUGUAAAGAAAAAGUUGUUUCUACCGGUCGGUCAAGAAUUCUCUACCGAACCGAACCGGACCGGCAGGUUACCGUUGCUGGUUACAGCUCUAGUGCAGAAGGCUUUAUAACAGUGGAUCUUUCACAUUUCAAUAAAAAUCAACAAUAUUUAUUUGAAAUUCUUUCGAUUUCAUUUGAACUUUUUAGUGGUGUAUAUGAAAAUUCUUUUGACCAGAAAGGUAUUGAUAGUAACAUAUGGCUUGAUGGAGAAUUAUUAGAUAAUCAAACAGAAACAAAUUUUUGUAACCAUCAAAAAGGUUUAUUUGGUGAAUAUCUUCAAAUUUAUACUGAACAAGGUUCAUCGAAAGUUACUUGGGAUACUCAAUGGAUAAAAGGUAUUAAUAAACCAAUAUCAUGGUUUCAAGCACGAUUUGAUUUGGAUCAUCGUAUACGAGAAGAUGCCAAUGCUAAUCCAAUUUUACUUGAUGCUCAAGGUCUUAAUCGUGGUCACGCAUUUAUUAAUGGAAAUGAUCUUAGACUUUAUUGGCUAAUUCAAAGUAUUUGUCAAAAUAACUCACCUUGUGCUUGUCAACAUGCUCAAACCAAUUGUUUAAAACCAACUCAACGUUAUUAUCAUAUUCCAUCUAAUUGGCUUAAAUCGAAAAAUAAUUUAAUUACAAUAUUUGAUGAUUUUGGUGCGCCAUCAUCUGCAUCAGUUGGUCUAGUACAACGUAUCCUUACAAACUCAUAA